GGGGGAAACGAGAGAGUCAGCAAAGGGAGAGAAAGGCUGUAAUAAGAACCAAAUGUGAAAGGCAAAAAAAAAACCCACAAUCAACGCUCUGUCUCUCAUUAAUAGCCAACCAGUUCUUGUUCUUCUUCUUCUUCUCUGAAACCCACAUUUGGCUAAUUUUCCUUAGCUCUACUAUAUCUCUUCUCUCUCCUCUCUCCUCGCUCUCCCAUCUUUCCUUACCCUUAAACUAUUCUCCUCUCCGAUUUUCCUAAUUGUCUCGGAUUCAGGAAAUCGAGACCCUAUAUGUCUGGGUGAUUUGGGAUUGAAGUGUGAAAUUUUGGAUAGGAAAAGGAAAAAAAAAAAAUAAAAAAAAAAUAUAUUAUAUAUAUAUAAUUAAUUAAUUAAGGAAGGAAGAAUGGGGCAACUGUUUUCAUGUCCAAUGGGAGAUUUUGAAGAUUUGGAUUUUGAUGCUGUUCUUGUUAGAUCUAUUAGUUUCCAAGAUGGAGAGAUGAGGAAUCCAUUACGUUCUGUUAGUUUCAACGGAAGAGAUUCAGAGCCAACGAUAGUAAAAUCCUUCGGUUCUCACCGCAUCAGAUUUGAACGUCCAAUUACCACAAGAACAAGGGAAUUGGAGACCGUCAAUUCAUUCAAAACUCCAUCUGCAGAGAUGGAAAAUAGUGAGUUUGGAAUAUCGUUAGGGUCUAAGAAUUACGAUCAAUGUAGGAAUGAACAGUUCUUGUCGCCACAGAAUUACUCGACACCGAGAUAUUCAGAACCACGGCACCAACACUAUAGUGCUGCAUUGAGGCUACAGAAAGUGUACAAGAGCUUUAGAACAAGGAGACAGUUAGCAGAUUGUGCUGUUCUUGUGGAACAAAGAUGGUUUGUGUCCAAAUUCGUUUGUACUCUCUUGAAAAUUUUAAGCAUGUUCAUGUCAAUCUACCCUUUCAAGAGCAGGAGUGGUAAAGGUUUGGAGUUUUCUUUUCCUAAAUCAUCACUUAAUAGGUGGAAGCUGUUGGAUUUUGCCGAACUCAAGAGAAGUUCAAUAUCAUUCUUUGAUAUUGAAAAACCAGAGACCGCAAUUUCACGGUGGUCGAGGGCUAGAACCAGGGCUGCUAAGGUAGGGAAAGGUUUGUCAAAGGAUGAAAAAGCAAGGAAACUUGCUUUGCAGCAUUGGCUCGAGGCAAUUGAUCCUAGACAUCGGUACGGCCAUAAUCUUCAAUUUUACUACGCCAAAUGGCUCCACUGUGAUAGCAAACAGCCCUUUUUCUAUUGGCUUGAUAUAGGAGAAGGGAAAGAGGUGCACCUUGAGAGAUGUCCCAGAUAUAAGCUUCACCAACAAUGUAUCAAAUAUCUUGGUCCUAUAGAAAGGAAGACCUAUGAGGUUGUGGUGGAAAAUGGGAAGUUCUUGUACAGGUAUAGUGGGAAACUUCUUCACACAACAGGAGGACCAAGUGAUGCUAAAUGGAUAUUUGUAUUGAGCACAUCAAAAACUUUGUAUGUUGGGCUGAAGAAAAAGGGUACAUUUCAACAUUCAAGUUUCUUGGCUGGUGGAGCCACUUUGGCUGCUGGUAGAUUGGUGGUGGAAGAUGGUAUUCUAAAGGCAGUUUGGCCUCACAGUGGCCAUUAUCUUCCUACAGAGGAAAAUUUUCUCGAAUUCAUGUCUUUCCUUAUGGAGAACAAUGUGGAUCUAACCGAUGUUGAGAAAAGCCCAUAUGAAGAAGAAGAACUCCUCAACAAGGACAAAUUCACCAGUCUUGAAGAAGAUUCUAAAGAUCAUAUUGGAGAAAUGGAUACAAUAGACACAAUCAACGAGAAUAAUCCAUCGAGUUUGCGCUCUAAUCACGAAGAGACUCCAAACCAAAGAAUAUCAAGAUUAUCCAGAGGAUUACGCUCAAAGAUAACUAACCUUCAAAUUCCAGAAAGAAGCAAUGUGUUUGACAUAUUCAAGAAAGAAACGCUUCCAGCUAGUUGUAGAGUUCUCAUUCCAGAAUCUCCAUCCGACGACGGCUAUGAAACAGCUGAAGAAUCAUUUUUAUCAGAAGAAGAAUUCAUGGUUCCUAAAUCGAACCUAUUUGAUGAAGAUGAAGAAGACAACGAUGAGCGACCAAUUCCAAAGGAGAACAUCUUAAGACGGAUUGUAUCACAUAAAGAAAUGAAAUCAUAUCAGUUGGGAAAACAAUUAUCAAGCAGAUGGACAACUGGAGCUGGACCUCGAAUUGGUUGCAUGAGAGAUUACCCACAAGAACUUCAGAACAAGGUAUUAGAGCAAGCUCACUUGUCUCCCAGAGGUAGAGUUGUUCAUGCUUCUCAUUCCCGGACCCAGUCUCGAAUUGGCUCCAUGGCUUCAACUCCAUGUUCAUGUAAAGACACAAGCACAGCCAGAAGUCCGCUUGCUUCAAAUUGCCUGGUAUUGCCUCAAACUGCAACACCUCAGGCUGAAUGUAAUUAGAAUAUAAAUAACAAACACGUGUAACACACGUAUUACUCUGCAAUUACUGGAUAGAAAAGAUGAAAUAUACAUAGUUAAUGUGCUUCUUUAGGCUUCAAAAAUGGACUAAGGGAUGAAAAGCUUUUGCAUGCUUUCAUGGCCUACUAAUAUACAUAGAUGCAGAGACUCUUUUCAAGAAGAGGUAUCAUCAUCAUCAUCUCAUAGUUGCCUAAA